UUAGUGAGUUAAAACUUAAUAUUGAUGAAUAAAUAAGUAAGUAGCAGAACUGAAUUUCCUCCUCACUUCCCACAUAUUCCCAAAUACCCAAAACGUGCCUUUUUGUUGUAACCGCGUCAAAAACAAUCUUAUUAUAAUAUUAUUAUAUUUAUUUAUUUACUUUUUCCGCUUUCAAAUCAAAACCAAACAGUCCCCGUCAAAACAAAACAAAAUAGUCCACUCACUCGCCUUUCAGGAAUCUUCUUCCCCACCGCGUCCUACGCGCUACCCCACCCCCAACCGCGUGGCAGCGGUAUAUAUAACAAAAAAACACCCAAUUCCAUUUCUUCUUCAUUCAGACUCUUCUCUUCCCUCUUUCUACACUCUUCAAUCCCUUUCUGAAAUACACUCCUCUUCUAUAUUUUAUUUUGAUUUUGAUUUUUAUUUUAAUUUAAUUUUUAAUGGAAAUUUCACCUUUCCCUGUUCUUGAAGACUACUCUUCCCUUUUCUCCUUCGUUCAAGAUUCCGGCUCCGCCGCCGCCGCCGCCGCCACCAUUUCAUUUUCCGCCCCCAAUAAGCGACCCAGAUGCGAACCCAUCGACAACGACCCAUCCGUUGACGAAUUACUCACCCGAUUCUUCGCACUCGAUACUCCGGCCCCGCCGGAGGAAAACCACCCCCAGAAUUUUUUCACGGCGGCGCACCACCACCUUUCAUUCUUCAAUCAAGAAAUGGACGACACCUCUAAUUUAACCAAUUCCAGAAAUUCCCCACAACCCAAACGGCCGCGCUCCGAAGAAACACCCGACGAGUCCACCUCCGCCGCCGCCGCCACAGGCGGCGGCGGCGGCGGGCAGCGCCGCCUGUGGGUGAAAAACCGAUCGAAAGCGUGGUGGGAGCAAGUCGACAGCCCGGAUUAUCCGGAAGAUGAAUUCAAGUCGGCCUUUCGUAUGAGCAGAGCCACCUUCGAUUUAAUCUGCGAAGAACUCGAACCCGCAGUCACCAGAAAAGACACCGCCCUCCGCCUCGCGAUCCCCGUCCGGCAGCGCGUCGCCGUAUGCAUAUGGCGGCUGGCCACCGGCGAAGCCCUCCGCGAGGUGUCGAAGCGGUUCGGACUAGGAAUCUCCACCUGCCAUAAACUAGUGCUCGAAGUCUGCACCGCCAUAAAAACCGUGCUGAUGCCCAAAUUCCUCCAGUGGCCGGACGAAACCCGAAUGCGGAAAAUCAAAACCGAAUUCGAACUUCUCUCCGGCAUCCCAAACCUCGCCGGAGCAAUGUACACAACCCACAUCCCAAUCAUCGCCCCGAAAACCAACGUCGCCGCCUACUUCAACAAACGCCACACAGACAGGAACCAAAAGACCUCGUACUCAAUCACCGUCCAGGGGGUGGUGGACCCCACCGGAGUACUCACCGACAUCUGCAUCGGCUACCCGGGCUCAAUGUCCGACGACCAAGUCCUGGAGAAAUCCGCCCUCUUCCAGAGAGCGAACAAGGGCGCCCUGAGAGACACGUGGCUCGCCGGAAACUCGAGCUACCCGUUAAUGGACUGGGUUCUGGUUCCGUACACCCACCAGAAUCUGACGUGGACGCAGCACGCGUACAACGAGAAGAUCGAGGAUGUUCAGAGCGUUGCUAAAGGCUCGUUCGCGAGGCUGAAAGCCCGGUGGAGCUGCUUGCAGAAGAGGACGGAGAUGAAACUGCAGGAUUUGCCGGUGGUGCUGGGCGCGUGCUGCGUACUGCAUAACAUAUGUGAACUGAGAAAAGACGGGUUGGGUGAUGGUGAGCUGGGUUUCGAGCUUUUUGAUGACGUCAUCGUGCCGGAGAAUGACGUCAGGUCUGUUAAUGCUUUGCAUGUUAGGGAUAAGAUUGCUCAUAAGCUGUUGCAUCACAAUCUUGCCGGCACUAAUUCAUUCUAGUUAUAUAUAUUUAUAUAUAUAUAUAGGAUUCGUAAUUCUUUGAUUUAUUUGUAUACAUUCUUAUUUUCAUUAAUAGAAGAUGCUUUUUAU